CCCUUCCAGUUCUAGGAGAUAGGAUAUCUCCAUUAUUUCUUUUCUUCUCUUUCUUUCUUCUUUACUCAUUAUGAAGGGGUUCUUUUCCCUUGUUUGGAUUUGCUCUUUUGUUGAUGAGUUCUAGGGCUCCUGCUUUGAUCCUGUGGUGUGUAAGGUGGUGUACUCCGGAUCACGUUACUCUGAACUAGCUUAGUCAUUAUUUGUAUAGUUGAGAGUCAACGGAUGCACAUGAUUCUUUCAAUGAACAGCUGCUACUGUGGUUUACAGUUAGUAUAAAUGUGCAGUAACUUUUGUGACACUGCUGAAAGGUUGGGACCUGGUUCACAGGCAAUAAAACUAUGCUGGUCCUAAUAUGGACACUGCAUUUGUAACAAUCCAGGAGGUGCAGUGGGUCCCUGAGGAGUGUCAAGGUGUCGAAAUGAUGCCUGACUUAAGGAAUUUCUAUGCCAAGUUCAUUACUUUUAAGACCAAUAAAGUGAAAGCAGCAGCUUUCAGGGAAGUAGAACAUUUUAAUGUAAAACCCGGGCCUAACUCUCAUCAGAAGCUAAUGAAGAGAGAGUACUACUUACUACUGGUAGAUUAUUUUAAUACUGGAUAAAGUUAGGAAGAAGAUUAAUAGUAAUGCUCACAUAAAAAGGGCCCAGUAAUUUGGAAGGCAGUUGAAUGAAAGGAACUUCUUGCUUGAAUUGACAUUAUUCUUCAAUGUGCCUUGUCUGAAGACUUCCAAGGAAGUCCACAAGAGGCUAUGGUUCUUGCGUCUUUCCAAGCUAGAGUGGAAAAGUUUUCCAGGGUCUGCUAUCAGGACAUUCUGCACCAUCUGUGUGAGAUGAAUCGGAAAGAUGCUGAUGUAAAGGUGUUUCAAGAAAUCCACCUACUGCAAGCCAGGCUUACAAGGAAUUUUCAGAAGGUCUACACUUGUGCACAGACCCUGUGUGUCAAAAAAUGCCCAGUGCAGAUGAGUGGUAAACAGUCCUAUAGUGACUUGCACCUGACUCUCGAUCUGGAAACUGGGUAUAUAUGAAAUAUCUGUAUUUAUUCUGUUACAUAUUUACUUACUAUGGGGGAAAAUAUCCCCCUGAUUUAUGUCCUACUCAAACUUCUUACAUCUUAUUACUAUAAGAGAUAUGUUGUGAAGUUGGAGAGUUCUGCUUCCAUUAAGGUAAUAAGAGAGGAAUGUUCUGCCUGUGAUAUAAGAUUGCUGUUAACUGUCUAUUGGGAAGACCCUCAUAACUCUGGGUAUGUAUCAUCUCCAGGAUGUAAUCUACACAGGGAUAACUAUAGAAUGUAUGAACAUUCUUCAGCUGCAGAUCAGCUGAAGGACUGGACAAUGCCUGCAGUAUUUCCAUUAUCCAAAGGAAAAGAUGCCUCUCCAUUCAUUUACCUGCAGGCCUUUUGGCUUCUCAUCCACAUUGUUUGCAUCAAUGUUUUGUCUUCUGUAUUCUCUGCAGCUGUCCCAGUCUUCUAGGAAAGGAUCUCUAGGUGAGUUCACAAAAUCUCUGCCUCGGGGGAUGAAUGCAUUUUACUUCAAUCAACCCUCCAUUUUUGCACAUUUGAACAGAACAGUUUUUACAGAUGAAGGAAGUCAAUGUUAGUUUGUCUUUUUGAAAUAUUUUUUAAAAAAUAAGUGUAAACAAAGUGUGUGUGUGUGUGUGUGUGUUUAUUUACAACUACAUAUAUCUAUUGAAGACGAUGGCUUAACUUGCAAAAUUUGGAUCUAGAUUUCCAACAUCUGAAGGUUUUGAUUCUGUCCAUUACAAAAUUACAGAUCAUUUACAAAAUUCAUAUCUAAAUUGAAUUUUGAACAUCCCAAAGUUUAGUCUGCGUGUCACUCUUUGUGGUUUACUCGGAGGAGGAGGCUCCCCAGCCAGCAAGCCAGACUCUUUAGCCAGGUUCUUGAAUGUUAACCUGAUCCUGCAGGAUGUACUAUGUUAACGUUUUAUUGUGACUUUAAUAAACAGUUUUAAAAACCAGUUAUUUUUUCUUAACCCUCAGAGAUCCUCUAAAAUGGUGUUUGAAAACCAAGCUCUGUUUUUCCUCUUACUUACAACAACCAGCACAAUUCUUCAGUCAGAAUGCAGUGGGUAGUUUUGUCAGGAUGGAAAAGUUUGGGCUAACAAACCAGGGCUGGGUCUUACAUACAUUAAAGCCAAGGGGAGUUUUACUAUUCAUCUCUGUGAGAACAAGAUUGAAACACACACCCCAACCCACCCACCGGCAGCUCUGAACUGGAAGAUACAUGUGAACAAACAUGCAAUAUAGUCAUUUUUCUGACCUUAACUAGAACUCAUGGGAACUCAGCAGGAUCACAUAGCAACAAGGUAGAAUGUUGUCUUAUGAUGCCAGAAGAAUCCAAACUGGAAUUGUAGGGUAAGUACAAUGAGAACUCUAGGGGAAGUACAUACUUUUGCGCAAUUGUACUAGAAAUGCUAUGAAAUAAGGGAAUGACUGUAUGAAAAGGGAAAGAAAAGAGGUGGUGAAAUGAAGAGAAGAGGGUAAGAGGUAGCUUCCCAAAGCCAGUGGAAGUAACAAGCUCUUUUGCAAGCCAAGAGAUGGCUUCCCAAUCAACAUCGACACCUGAUGAUUUCAAUAUAUUUUAUUCCCUGCACUUCCUAUCGCGACCCACACGCCCUCCCAGCUCUGAAACUGUGCACCUGGAGCAUUCAAAGGAUUCUAGUGAGGAAUCCAACAAUGAGACAAGCCAACUGUACCAAGGCCUCACUGGCCUGCGCAACUUGGGGAACACUUGCUACAUGAAUGCAGUUUUGCAGUGCCUCUGCAGUAUAUCCCCAUUGGUGGAGUAUUUUCUCUCAGGGAAGUAUGUAACUGCCCUACACAAGGAAAACGGUGAGGUUGCUACCGCCUUUGCCUAUUUGAUGGCCGAUAUGUGGCUGGGAGAGUUUGAGUGCAUCUCACCAGAGGUGUUUCGUUCAGUCAUCGGCGACUUAUGCCCGGCUUUUACCAAGAAGACUCAGCAGGAUGCCCAGGAGUUUCUGAUAUACGUGCUGAACGAAUUACAUGAGGCGCUUAAGAAGUCAUGCAAAAGGAGAUGCUAUGGGAACACAUCCACUUCUAGGGAAGAUAGGGGAACUGGCAGUGAAACAUCAAUCAUCACCCAGCUAUUUGAGGGGCAGCUCAGUUAUGACAUUACAUGCCUGGCGUGUCAGACCACCACCGAUAAGAACGAGGUCUUUACAGUUCUCUCUCUUCCCAUCCCUUCUGAGAGUGCCUGCUCUCUACAGGACUGUCUUGAAUGUUUCUUUCAACAAGACACACUGACAUGGAACAAUCAAAUUCACUGCUCCUUCUGUGGAACUAAGCAAGAUGCUGCAGUAAAGGCCAACAUAGGCAAGGCGCCAAAGAUGGUUAUUUUUCACUUAAAGAGGUUUGACUAUCAAGGCAGCUACAAAAGGAAACUGGGGACUAACAUCUACUAUCCACUAAGCAACUUGGAUCUUUCGCCUUAUAUUUAUCCACUCUUUCGGAAGAAUCCAAAAUACAACUUGUGUGCUGUGGUGAACCAUUUUGGUUAUCUGGAUGGUGGCCAUUAUACGGCAUUCUGCAAGCACACGCUCUCCCAGAACUGGUACAGCUUCGAUGACGCACAGGUCAGCGAGAUUCCACAAGCCUCCGUGCAGUCUGCUGCAGCUUAUCUCCUAUUCUACAGCUGUAAAGCCUUCUCUGUACCUACCAAACCCCAUAAGUACUAGGAAAACGUCUCUGUGAGAACAGUCCCAUGAUUAGAAUUCACUGACCAUGGUAGCUAAGUCCUGUUUUGCCAUUAAACUAGUGCAUCUGCAUUGC